ACGUAUAUAGGAAACAAGAAGUAUAACCGGCUUUAUAACUAUACUCAAUGAUAAAACUGUUCAUACGGUUGGGUCAAGCUAUCAGUAACAAACUGGCCGUCUUGUAGUUUGAGCAAAAUAUCUUCUUCUUCUUCUUCUUCUUAAUCAUCAUCAUUCUUUUUUCAUCUAUUCGAUUCAUCGAGUCGUCACAAAAAACAUGUCAAAGAUCACUUUGUACUCGCAACUAAUUAGUCCACCUUGUCGUGCCGUACUUAUGGUAGGAGAAGCCAUUGGCAUUGAUUUUGACAUCCACGAAAUCAAUUUAUUCAAUUAUGAUCAACAAAAAGAGGAUUUUGUUAAAUUGAAUCCCCAGCAUACUAUUCCAACUAUUCAAGAUAAUGAUUUUAUAUUGUGGGAUAGUCACGUUAUCGCUGUUUACUUAGUUGAGAAAUAUGCUGCUGAUGAUUCUCUUUAUCCUAAAGACCUUCAGCUGAGAGCAACGUUAUGGCAACGUCUUAUCUUCGAUGCCUCGGUCCUUUUCCAUGUUCUUAAAAGAAUUUUUAAAUCCAUAAAAUUGGGAUCAGAGAAAACAAUUUCAAAAUUACUAAUGGAAGAACUCGAAGAAGCCUUGGGAUUUUUCGAAAAACUUUUGGAAGGUAAACAAUGGUUGGUCGGGGAUUCUUACACGAUUGCCGAUAUUUGCAACGUCAGCACGGUCUCCUCAUUGACCGUUAUCGUGCAAUGGGACAAGUAUCCGAAUAUUCAAGCUUGGCUGAAACGAUGCGAGGAACAAUUGCCGGGCUAUGAAAAAUAUAAUGUACCAGGAAGCAAGCAAGUUAAUGAAAUAUUCCAACAGAAACUCAUGAACGCAAUUGCGUUUUUAAACCUUCCUAUUACUAUGAGUCUUAAAACGUUCGUUAACAAAUCUGUUCCGACGUUGUACAUGACCGAAUUAUCUCCACCUGUUAGAUCGGUCUUAAUGACGGCUUAUAUAAUCGGUCUUCCAUUAUAUAAGAAAGAAGUAAAUUUAAUUUCAGGCGAGCAACGAACAGCGGCAUAUUUAAAGAUGAAUCCACAAGGAACGGUACCAUUAUUGCAAGACAAGGAUUACUAUGUAUGGGAUAGUCACGCGAUAUCAGGAUACUUGGUACAUGAGUACGGAAAAUCCGACUCGCUUUAUCCGAAGGAUUCGAGAAAACGUGCUAUGGUCGAUCAAAGAUUGCAUUUCGAUACGGGAACCCUUUAUCCAGAAUUUAGAAAUGUCGUGUACCCGGUUAUCGCUGGGGAGAAGAUUAUUACGAAAGAGAAAAUAAAUCGUGUGGAGAACGUUUACAAGACAUUCGAUUCGAUUUUGGCGAAUGCGAAGACGAAGUGGCUCGCCGGAGACACGAUUACUAUAGCCGAUCUCUGCAAUGUUGCGACGCUCUCCACUUUGGAGCUGUUUGUGCCACCAACGGGAAAAUAUCAACAUCUGGAAAAUUGGUUUGGAUCGUGCAAGAAGGAGAUACCAGGUUACGAGGAAGUGAAUCAGCAGGGUCUCGACAAGCUCGUAAACUACGUGAAGAUUCUUUUAACAAAAUAAUAAGAACUGGUGGGCGUUUUCUGAAUAAAACAUACAAUCAGUUUCCAUUUUAUCGACGAUCGUGCAACGUAUGUACAUACGUUACAAUAUAAACGAUUCUCUUUUAUGUGAAGGGCGUUCAUCGUGGGAAUUAGUCAAUUAUUGUUUGAAAGUCUUCUGAGAACUCGGUUAACGCGUCGCGAUUAAUUGUUUAGCAUUCUCAUUCUCUCGUCACGAUUCUUUACCGAUAUCGAAUCCAUACAAAUAGUCUUGGAAAGACCUUUCAAAUGCAUUUUCAAAUACGUAAACACGAUUUAA